AUGCCCUCUUCCGGCUCACCACGCACCCGCUGCAACUCCGGCACACACGCAUGCGGCCACCCCCAGCUCCUGGCUUGGUGCCUGAACCGCGGGCCCCUGGUGGCGGAGGACUGGGGAGUCGGCGCGAUGGCGCUGCUGUACGCGCUGCCCAUCAUACCCCGCGACCGCGCCGCGGCCGGCAAGGCGGGGCGGCUGGGCGACAGCGCAGGCACGCCGCUGCAGGUCGCGGGGCUGUUCGUCUUCUACUGCGGUGCGCAGUGCGCGCGCCGGGUGGCGGCGCCGGCGGCGCCGCUGCGGGGCUGA